GUGGCCUAAAUGACUCUGUGAACUCUGUGGUGGUGAUGCUGGUGAGUGUCAGGUUUAGUUCUGUGCAGUAACACUGCUCUUUAUGGAAACACUGAUCUGUCUUUUAUAACCCUGUUUUACUCUUGUCUCUGUCUUAUUCUGUUCUUUUAUGGACCAUGAGUCUGGAAUAAAUAAAUGAUGAUGAGUUUAUUGUUUGACAGGGAGCCAGGCCCAAAGGAGCAGCUGGACGCCAUAUUCAGGCGUCUGGAGGAGGACGUCCUGACUUUUGUCAAAGAGCAGCUGCAGAGGCUCCACAGGCUCCUGGCCUCAGAUUACCCAGAAUGCUCUGAGAGUGAGGAGGAGGAGCAGAGCAGCAGAGAGGUUCUGAACAUCACCCUGGACUUCCUGAGGAGGAUGGACCAGGAGCAGCUGGCCCAGCGCCUGCAGAACAGAAACACUGUUGGAGUUUGUAGAGAUAAACUGAAGUCUGAUCUGCAGCAGAGGUUCAGUCGUGUGUUUGAGGGCGUGGCUAAAGCAGGAGACUCCGCCCCCCUGACCCAGAUCUACACAGAGCUCUACAUCACAGAGGGCGGAGCCUCAGAGGUCAACCAGGAACAUGAGGUCAGACUCAUGGAGAUGGCGUCCUGGAGACCGGCCGCUCCAGAGACCAUCACAUGUGAAGAGCUCUUUAAACCCCGCCCACAUUCACCAGAGCCAAUCAGAUUGGUGCUGACGAAGGGCGUGGCCGGUGUGGGGAAAACAGUGCUGACUCAGAAGUUCAGUCUGGACUGGGCUGAAGGCCGGGCCCACCAGGACCUCCAGCUGCUGUUCCCGUUCACUUUCAGAGAGCUCAAUGUGCUCAGAGACACACAGUUCAGCCUGGUGGAGCUGCUGCACCACUUCUUCAGUCCAUCCAAACAUCUCUGCAGCUUCCAACAGCUCCAGGUGCUCUUCAUCUUUGACGGUCUGGACGAGUGCAGACUUCCUCUGGACUUCAGUCGAACCCGAGUCCUGACCGACCCCACAGAGUCCACCUCAGUGCACGUGCUGCUGGUGAACCUCAUCAGGGGGAGCCUGCUUCCCUCCGCUCUCCUCUGGAUAACCACGCGCCCCGCCGCGGCCAAUCAGAUCCCUGCUGAGUGCGUCUCCAUGGUGACAGAGGUCAGAGGGUUCACCGACCCACAGAAGGAGCAGUACUUCAGGAAGAGGUUCAGAGACCAGGCCACAGCCGUCAUCUCCCACAUCAAGAGCAUCCGCAGCCUCCACAUCAUGAGCCACAUGCCGAUCUUCUGCUGGAUCCUCUCCACAGUUCUACAGAAACUUCUGGAACAAACAGAACCAGAGCUGCCCCAGACUCUCACACAGAUGUACGUCCACUUCCUGGUGGUGCAGGCCAAAGUCCAGAACAUCAAGUAUCACCAGGGAUCAGGGGAGGACCUUCACUGGACUCCAGAGACCAGGGAGAUGGUGAAGUCUCUGGGAAAACUGGCCUUUGAGCAGCUGCAGAAAGGAAACCUGAUCUUCUACGAGAGUGACCUGAGCGAGUGUGGGCUGGACGCUGCAGCGGCCUCAGUGUACUCCGGAGUGUUCACACAGAUCUUUAGAGAGGAGCCAGGCCUGUACCAGGACAAGGUCUACUGCUUCAUCCAUCUGAGUGUGCAGGAGUUUCUGGCUGCUCUUCACGUCCAUCAGACCUUCAUCAACUGUGGGGACAACCUGCUGAAGACACCACACUCCUCUGAGAAUCCUGAGUCUGACACGGAUGAGUACUAUUCAGCUUCAGAGGACAAUUCCUCUGAAAGUCCUGAGUCUGUGGCAGCCUUCUACUGCUCUGCUGUGGACCAGGCCUUACAGAGUCCAAACGGACACCUGGACCUGUUCCUGCGCUUCCUCCUGGGACUGUCUCUGCCGACCAAUCAGAGGCUGCUGCAGGGUUUGCUGACUCACACAGGAAGUGAAGAGACCAAUCAGGAGACAGUAAAGUACAUCAAAGAGAAGCUGGAUGAAAAGGGUCUGUCUGCAGAGAGAAGUCUGAACCUGCUCCACUGUCUGAACGAACUGAACGACCAAAGUCUGGUGAAGCAGAUACAGUGGUACAUGACAAGAGGACAAUUCUCCUUUUUAAGGUCUCCUGCUCUGUGGUCGGCUUUGUCCUUCCUCUUACUGUCCUCAGACUCAGACCUGGAGGAGUUUGAUCUGAGGAAAUACCAGGGCUCAGAGACAGCUCUCCUGAAUCUGCUGCCGGUGGUCAGAGCCUCCACCAAAGUCCUUCUUUGUGGCUGUGGUCUGUCUCCUCACAGCUGUGCUCCUCUGGCCUCAGUCCUCAGCUCCUCCAGUCUCACACAUCUGGAUCUCACUAACAACGACCUCCAGGACUCAGGAGUGGAGCUGCUGUGUUCUGGACUGAAGAGCGCCCCCUGCAGACUGGAGACUCUCAGGCUGUCUGGAUGUCUGGUCUCAGAGAGGGGCGGGGCUGCUCUGGCCUCAGCUCUGAGCUCCGCCUCCUCCCACCUGAGAGAGUUAGACCUCAGCUACAACCAUCCAGGACCCUCAGCAGAGCUCCUGACCGCUCUACGGGACGACCCCCACUGCCCCCUGCAGUCUCUCAGGUUGGAUCCUGCUGGAGAACAGUGGAUGGUCCCAGGUCUGAGGAAGUAUUCCUGUGAGUUUUCUCUGGAUCCAAACACAGCUCACAGAAACAUCAAACUGUCUGAGGACAAACGGACAGUGACCUUUGUGACAGAGGAGCAGCAGUAUCCAGAUCAUGAGGACAGAUUUACAGACUGCCGUCAGGUCCUGAGCUGCACUGGCCUGAGGGGGCGCUGUUACUGGGAGGUUCAGUGGAGCGGGUGGGACAUUGAAAUAGCAGUGAGUUACAGAGGAAUCAGACGGAGAGGAAAGAGAGAGGAGUGUAGGUUUGGAGGCAAUGAUCAGUCCUGGAGUCUGAGGGUCGAAUAUGGAUAUUACCAUUUCUAUCACAACAACAGACAUACAGCCCUUUACUCCUCCUCUGGUCCCUCAGAUCGAGUGUCUGUGUUCCUGGACUCUGAGGCUGGAUCUCUGUCCUUCUAUAAGGUUCUCUCUGAUGGAAAACUGUUCCACCUCCACACCUCCAGCUCCUCCUUCACUGAGCCUCUGUUUCCUGGGUUUGGACUGUUGGAUGAACAUUCCUCUGUGUCUGUGGUGGAUCUGAGGAGAGCGCCCCCUGCUGGACCUCUUUGACUCUUUUAUGACAUAAAUAUUAUUUCCAUCAAUCUUUCCUAAAUCAGUAUAAAUGUAAAUUAAAAAAUAAACACAUGAA